AUGGCCUCUCGCACAGCUCUCCGGGGCUUUUCCUGUUCAUUGAACCCUUCGAGAUUUUCUCAGACCUUUGUUCGACCUUUUUCCUCCGCAAACGUUGUCCGCAAGAACUACCAAACCCCUACAUCUGAUCGCCCUACCCACUUUGGCUAUGAGACCGUUACCGAAGCCGAGAAACAACAGCGUGUUGCUGGUGUCUUUACCAGUGUUGCUGAGACUUAUGAUAAGAUGAAUGAUUUCAUGUCUUUGGGAAUUCACCGUCUAUGGAAAGACUAUUUUAUCUCUUCUCUGAACCCUGGCUCUACGAACCCCCCUGGACAGUCACAACGCAUUCUUGAUGUUGCUGGUGGAACUGGUGAUAUUGCCUUCCGCCACCUUCAGCACGCCCACGAGUUCAAUUGCAAUCCCAAUGUCUCCGUUAUCAUCUCCGACAUCAACCCGGACAUGCUGGCAGUUGGUCGCCAGCGUUCGCUUGCCCUUCCCGCAUCCCACCAGGCUGCUCUCUCUUUCCUAGAAGCCAACGCCGAAGUCCUCCCUUCUCAAAUCGAGGAUAACUCUCUCGACCUCUACACUGUUGCCUUCGGUAUCCGCAACUUUUCCAAUAUCCCUGCUGCGCUGAAGGAAGCUCACAGAGUUCUUAAGCCUGGUGGUGUGUUUGCUUGUCUUGAGUUCUCAAAGGUCGACAAGCACCCUAUCUUCAAUACUAUCUACAAGCAGUGGUCUUUCAAGGGUAUUCCUCUGAUCGGCCAGCUAGUGGCAGGUGAUAGAGACAGUUACCAAUAUCUGGUGGAGAGUAUCGAGAGAUUCCCCAGCCAAACCCAGUUCAGGGACAUGAUCAAGGACGCCGGCUUUGUUGUUGCUGGUGAGGGUUAUGAGGAUCUUACUGGUGGCAUUGCCGCUAUUCACAAGGGCAUGAAGCCUAUCUAA